AUGAGUCGUCUAGUGAACUGGUUGCCGACGGUGGCAGCAUUUAUCGCCUUCAUACUGACACUAAUAUGCCUCUUCGCGGGGUCACAAACGAGUGUACUGCCCGACACUUCAAUCCUAACGAUCUAUACCUCAAACAUCAGCCAGGGCACGGAGAUCGCUAAUUUCUACUCCAUCCAUGUCAUGUCAUACUGCGAGGGAGAACUGCGGGUGAAUCACAAGGACUUUAACAACUGCUCCGAUCGAGCGUUGUUCUUCUCCUUUGAUCCGGAUGCUGCAAUCCGGGCCGACACCGGGAAUACUACCUCCCCGGCGGACUUGGGGUGGCCCAGCGCGAUCACCGACGACUUUUAUGCCUUCCAGAUGACAUCGCGCAGUAUGGGAAUGUUUUAUUGCUUGGGAGCCGGGGUGGCCGCCCUGGCGCUGUUGGAAAGGGCGUGGUGGGCGCUCAGACGCGGCCCGCGACAAACGAUAACGGAAGUGUCGUCCAUGAUGUUGAGUUUCGUGAUGCUUGGGAUCUCGUCCAUCAUUGCGACCGUGAUUGCAUUCCAGUUUGUCAAGCUGGUCAGCUACCAUGGGCAGGACGCCGGAGUAACAGCGGAGUACGGGCCGCAGUUCCUGAGUCUCACUUGGGCAGCAACAGGGCUGUAUUUGAUUGGGGGCACCACAGGGUUAGUGAUGGUGUUGAUCGACCGCAAAACCAUCAUCGAUCCAAGAACAUAG